UGUGUGCUUGUGUGUGCGCCGCGGUGUGAGCAGCAACAGCAGCAGCAGCUUCAGUGUUGACAAUAGGGCGAAAGAAGCAGCGGAUCAUAAACGAAGCGAGAAAAACACAAUCCAGAGGGCAAAUAGAGGAAAAAGGCCCGCAAGUACAGGAAUGUAUCGAGGUUAAAUGUAAUCAUUUCACAACAAAACAUCGCUGUUUUGUCUGUUAUUAAUGGAAGUUUGAGGAUUAUUCCCGGAGCUGAAAACAGAGGCUAACGUGGGGUAUAUUUUUUCUGGCUUUUUUUGGGGGCCGGAUGUGUUCAAGCCUCGCUGAUUCAUUUUUUUCAUCCUUUUUUUCUUAAAAAUAUCUAAAUCACUCCUCUCGUCUUCGUUGCGAAGCGCAGAGGAUUCAGGUGAAAAGUACCCGAGGGCUAACAGCGGCUAACACACGGCGGGGCGGCUGCUGCAGCGUCCCCGGGACUCGGGAACUCAAGAGUCAGUCGUGUGGUGUUGGGUUCCUGCCCAAGUCCAGGAUCAUUCUGGUAUAUCCAAGUCCAGUUCCAGUGGAGUCUCUUUUUCUCUCCCCCUGUCUGUCAUUGAGUCCAGUCUGUGAGCGCUAUAAUAGCUGACGAUUAGCAGCACUAGCACUGCCCACCUCCCUCCCCUCUAAUUUCCUUCUGGGAUGAUGGGUGACCGCCCGAACCCGUCCAGGGCCAUGUCCUCGGCAGCCACCACAUCUCCAUCUGUGGACAAAGUGGAUGGAUUUUCGCGGAAGUCUGUCAGGAAGGUCAAGCCGAAGCGGUCGCAGAGUUCGUCCCAGUUUCGCUCUCAGGGCAAACCCAUAGAGCUCACGCCCUUGCCGCUGCUCAAGGACGUGCCGGCGCUGGAGCAGCCGGAGCUGUUCCUGAAGAAGCUGCAGCAGUGCUGUACCGUCUUUGACUUCAUGGACACACUGUCAGACCUCAAGAUGAAGGAGUACAAGCGCUCCACGCUCAACGAGCUGGUGGACUACGUGACAGUCAGCCGGGGCUACCUGACAGAGCAGGCCUACCCCGAGGUCGUCAAAAUGGUUUCUCACAACAUAUUCCGAACCCUUCCGCCCAGUGACAGUAAUGAGUUUGACCCUGAGGAGGACGAGCCCACACUUGAGGCCUCCUGGCCACACCUACAGUUGGUAUACGAGUUCUUCAUCCGGUUCUUGGAGAGUCAGGAAUUCCAGCCCAGCAUUGCCAAAAAAUACAUAGACCAGAAGUUUGUCCUACAGCUCCUGGAGUUGUUUGACAGUGAGGAUCCGCGGGAGAGAGACUACCUGAAGACAGUCUUGCAUAGAAUCUACGGCAAAUUCCUGGGGCUGAGAGCUUUUAUACGAAAACAGAUCAAUAAUAUUUUUCUACGUUUUGUUUAUGAGACGGAGCACUUCAAUGGGGUGGCGGAGUUGCUGGAGAUCCUGGGGAGUAUAAUUAAUGGUUUCGCUCUGCCACUGAAAGCGGAGCAUAAACAGUUCCUGGUCAAAGUGUUGAUUCCACUCCACACUGUCAGGAGUCUGUCCCUCUUCCAUGCACAGUUGGCAUAUUGCAUUGUACAGUUCCUAGAGAAAGACCCAACAUUAACAGAAGCAGUCAUCAGAGGAUUACUGAAGUUCUGGCCAAAAACCUGCAGUCAAAAGGAGGUGAUGUUUCUUGGAGAGCUGGAAGAAAUCCUGGACGUGAUUGAACCCACACAGUUUGUCAAGAUCCAGGAGCCACUCUUCAAACAGAUCUCCAGAUGUGUCUCCAGCCCACAUUUCCAGGUGGCAGAGCGAGCUCUGUAUUACUGGAACAACGAGUACAUCAUGAGUCUGAUCGAGGAGAACUCCAGUGUCAUCCUGCCCAUCAUGUUUGCCAGCCUCUACAGGAUCUCCAAAGAGCACUGGAACCCGGCCAUUGUAGCGCUGGUCUACAACGUCCUGAAGGCCUUCAUGGAGAUGAACAGUACUUUAUUUGAUGAGCUCACGUCCACUUACAAGUCAGACCGCCAGCGUGAGAAGAAAAAGGAGAAGGAGCGGGAGGAGCUGUGGAGGAAGCUGGAGGACUUGGAGCUGAAGCGGGGCCUUAGGAGCGACGGAAUCAUCCCCACUUAACAAACAGGCGUCAAACUGCCCCCAAACCUCGCCCCCGUCCCUCCCGUCACCUCUCUCAGUCCUCUCCUGUUCCUCAUGCUCUGACUCCUCCCCCUGCUCCUGAGUCCUUCCUCUCUUCUUCCUCCUCCUCCUCAUCAGCCAUGUCUGGCCCACAGCUCUGAAAACCUCGCCCCGACUAAAGGCCGUGGUGUGGACGUACACGGAGCUGCCGCUGGUUUCUUCACCUCUGUUUGUUUUUCUUAUGUUGUUUUUUUUCUUCUUCUUCUAUGUUUAAAUGACUUUACCGUAGAUUCAUCACCUGUUUUCAUUAUUUCAACAGCACUGUAAAUAAUUAUUUUUUUCUUUUUGUUCCCCUUAAACUGAUAUUAUUGCAAACAGGAAAGAAACAAAACUAUAAUAAUAAUAAAAAAAGGAGGAAAAAAAGUAGAAAGUGAGGAAAUGACUUCUGUGGGUGGGGCUCUAAACAAAAGUUUGGACUGUUGCCAACAUAAAAAAACAACUUCUACAAAAGUGAGAGUGACAAAAAUAUUUUUUAAAAAGCUCAUCCUUCUUAACCAAUGUCGACCUCUUAACCUUUUCAGUUUUUCUCUUUGAUUUCCCUUCUUCUCCCUGACUGAUGAUGCUGCCUCUGUCACUUGCACCCUGCGUGUGUUUGUGUGUGUUUGUGUAUACAUGUCUUUUUUUAAGACUAAAGACAAGUUUUGGGUCAAACCUGCCUCUGAGUUCGUUGUAGUAGCACCUCAACAACAGGGCUGUCACUUUUUUUUAAAUCCGAAUCAAAUUGGAGGAUUAAACCCUUGUUUUCAGACUGUAUGCAAUAGCUACAUCCAGCAGGGGGCGUCUAAGUGCAGCGUAAACUCAGAUCCCCGUCAAAAGUAGCUGGUAACUUUGCUGUUAGUAAGUAAGUGACCCUUUCCCCUUAGGUGGACAAAUAUGACACUAACUAUGACACUCUUCACUGUGUUUUUUGUUUUGUUUUUUGGCUGAUAAUUAAUGCCUCAGUGACUGUGCAGGAGAAUGUGGCUGCCCCUGGUCGUCAGGUAAAAGCACUGAAAAUUGUAUUGAAAAAGUGACAGCCCUACCUUACAACUACAGGAAGCUUUGAGCUCCAAGGUUUUAAGGUGAGAUUUUGGUUGAGUUCAUUGUGAGCUGAGGUUAAAGGUGGGUGUCAUGGAGAGUGAAUUAUACUUGAGUGUCCUCACUGAUAAUCUUUCUCUACCUCCAUGUUCUACUCUCUGGCUCCUCCUCCUACUGCUCCUGAUUAAGAGAAACAAUCAGAAACACUUCAGCACACACCAAGGUUCUCAAAUCCUCUGGGUGUGUGUGUACGUGGUCUUCUCACUCCCGUUAGGCACUGCUGGAAAAAUAUUUGAAUUUGAUCUGUUGGAAUUUUGUUAUCCUGAAAUGACAAAGACACAUCUGACUUACAUGGCCUGCAGUAUUUCUGUGAAAUUAAAGACAAUAUGAUGAUAAACUCUGUGGAUCUCUGCAAACAUUGUAUCACAAACACACUGAAGAACCUGCUUUGAAAAGUCAACAGUGCUCCAAGUUAUAGGAGAGUAGUUUGAGUGGAGUCCAAGUCCAGUCCUGAGGAUGUGGAGUUAUCCUCAGGAUCGAGUCACGAGUCCUGGACUCCAUGGUUACAACACUGAGAUGAGAUUUAAACCAGACAAAAAAAAAAGAAAAUGUGUAAAAGAAGGAACAGAUUCAAAGUCACUGUUCAGACCAGAACCUGUCUUUGCAUCAAUUCUGUGUAAAAAAAAAAAAAAAAAUCUUAUUUUUAUAUGAAAAACAUUUUCACAGAUUUUCUCCUAAUUCCACCUGAUAAUGAUCCAUCUCGGAAAUGUCAGAGUAGUUGAAGGUUUUUGUCUUUAGUGUAAUUAUUUCUUUUAACUUUGUACAUUAGCAUCACCUACUCUUUUGUGGUUUGGGGUUUUCCUACUGUGUUCUGUUUGGUUGGUGCUCAUGAUGAAAUGAUUUGGAUCACAGUGAAGAAUGAACAUAUAAACAAAGUCUUUUUAUUCACUUCAUUAUUUUGUUCUACCCUCAGUUUUUUCCUCUGUAAAGUUUCCUUCCUUUGUCAUCUCUCCACCAAUCCUAGUCUUCUGGUAUCAGUCUGGUACUGAUUCAGCCCUUCCUGUCUUCCUCCCCUUUUCUUCUCAUCGUUCUCCUUCUCUUCCUCCUCUGCCCCUGAUGAUUAUCAGAUUCAACAAAAAUCAAAUGAGGAGCGCCAAAAAGAAAGGAAAGGAAAAAAAACUCCUCCUUUUAUGUAAAAGGUGUGUGCCUCCUCCUUACCAGCAGGAGGAGACAGUUGACUUUACAGUAUUACAACAGUAAAAGAAAAAAAAUGUUUGUAAAAUGUUAGAGGAUGAAAUGCAGUUCACUGAUAUUAAUCUUGAAUUUUGUAGUCAAAUUUAGCUUUUUGGUUCUUUCUUUUUUUUGCUUAGGAAACUGGUGAGGUAUUUAUGAUAGCGCCCCCCUCUGGUAGUAUGUUUGUUCUUUUCUGCAUCUCGCUCCUCCCGGAUCUGUUUUUAUCUUGUUUUGGAGGGUUUUUUUAUUUCUUUUUACCAUAUGGAUUUUUUUUCAAAUGGGGAGGCAAAGGGAGCUUUAGGGGUGAGGAAAGUAGGCAGCGGGGUCAGAGGUCAGAACUGAAUAGAAGAUGUUUUUCUUUGCCUGAUGGAAGGCUUGACAGGAAAACCUCAUCCUCUCUGACAGAAUUGAAUUAAACUUGUGAUUUUGAACGGCUGCAAAGAAAUGAUCCAAAAUCUGAAGAAAAAAAGGGUUGGUAAAAAAAGACAAAACAAAAAACAAAUGUUUAAUUAUUUAAAAAAAAUAAAGAGAUAUUAAAUUAAA